AUGUUAUGUGUCUCGCAUCCCACCAGGGGCAGGAAGGCGCGGAAGGUACGGCAGGGCGGUGUCGGGGGGUGGCGGGAGGGUACGCUGCACGGCGUCGGGUAUUGGUGGAAAGCUUUUCGUCUUUCUUCCAGCGCCGAGUGUGAAAGUGGUUUUCGACGUUUUCAACGCCGCAGUCCCCUUUUUUUUCAUAUUUCGCUCGAUAUCCCGCGCAGUCUUGCCUCGUUCCUUAAUUAA